UCAGCGAUAUCAAUAACACACAAAUAAUACAUCAGCAUGGAUGAAGAUGACAACAUAUCCAAUGCUGAUAUAAGUAUCGAUGACGACGAAGAUGAAGAUCAACAGCAGCAGCAGCAGCAGCAGAAUAACAGACGCCAACCGCGUACAGAGCGUACAGAUCGCAACGAUGAUGAUGAUGAGUCCUCGGAUGUGGAAUUGCCAACAGCUUAUGAGUUGCAGUUUCAGCUAGCAAAUGUGGCCAGCAGGAGCGCAAUUAGUAGCAGCAGCAGUGGCGGCAGCGGCAGUGCCGCAGCAGAUGCCACUCGGCCAACGCGCAACGCAGCCGGUUCAGGAACCGGGUCCGGAACUGGCACUGGCACUGGAGGAUCAGCCGGCAAUUCGCCAUUUCAUGAUUGGGACUCACAAACCACUGCACGCAGCAGCAGCAGCCAGACAAAUGCCGAGGAAACGAACGAUGGCAGUGCGGGGAAUUCGGGGGCAAAGCCAAGCUUCUUUUUUGGCACCUCAUCGUUCAUCCUACGCAGUCGCAAGGAGGUGGCCGCCCUCAUCAAUCGCGAGUGCUGCCGUGGCAGUCCAACGCCAGAUUUGGACUCAAUUAUGGAUACGCUUUUCAAUCCCGGCACACCCAUCGAUAAUCCCGACAAUAUUGAGUGGAUACGUUGGUUAAUUGCUGGCGGUCGCACGCCAAAGGAAUUUGUCAAAAUUGUUCGCAGCUAUGAUAACCAUGCCAAAUGCGGUUUGGUGUGGGUGCCACAUGUGGUGGCAUAUCGAUGUCGCACCUGCGGAAUAUCGCCAUGCAUGUCCAUAUGCCGCGACUGCUUUAAGAAGGGCAACCACACGAACCAUGACUUUAACAUGUUCUUGUCACAGGCGGGCGGUGCCUGUGAUUGCGGAGAUACAUCGGUCAUGAAGGCGGAGGGAUUUUGCAGUGAUCAUGGCAUUAAUAAUCGUGUCAAUCGAGAUCCCGUACCCAACAAUCUGUUGGCGGUUGCCGAGGCGAUAAUGCCGAAAUUGUUGUUCCGCUUGCUGCAGCAUUUUCGGGAGCACAGUGAUGCCUCGUUGCAGGCGCAUGCGGUCACCUCAUAUUCAUGCGAGGCAUUUGCCAAUAUGCUGAUCGAUUUGAACAACAUGGGCGAAAUAAUGCGCAAGGUGAUGACGAGGACGUUAAUAAAUGCCGAUGUCUAUUCGUACUUUAUGGAAACACCCUGCCAGGAUACGCGCAAUGGGCGAUUUCUUAAAGCGAAUCGCGAGAAAUACGAGGAUGCCGUCAAUCGUUUCCCCAAUCCAGAGCCACCGGAUGAGUAUCGUGAUCUGCCAGCGCUUGGCAACAAACUGGUGCAUACCACACUCCUCGAGGAAUUCAUAUUUUGGACAUUCAAAUUCGAGUUUCCGCAAACGUUAGUUUGCUUCCUCCUCAACAUGUUGCCCGAUCAGGACUAUAAGGAGCAUUUGACACGCACAUUCGUGAUGCACUACAGUCGCAUUCCAUCCGUGCUGGAAAUGUCCCGGGAUCCCGACACGCUCAGCAAUCGUGUCGUCCAUAUGAGUGUUCAACUCUUCUCCAACGAGAGUUUAGCCCUGAAGAUGGUCAAUGAGCUGUCGCUGCUGCAUGUGAUGAUCAUUAGUUUAAAACUCAUGAUGUCCAAGAUACUCAUACAGAAUACACUGCAUGAUCCCACUAAGAAUUUCCACUUUGUCAUCGACUGUACGCGUCAGGUGAUGAAGGAUCAUUGCUAUUGGCCACUCGUCUCGGACUUUAACAACGUUCUGUCGCAUGAGUCGGUGGCAUUAGUCUUUCUACGUGAUGACAACCUCAUCGAUAUGUGGUUUCAGUUUCUUCAAAUGCUGCAGGGCAUGAAUGUGAAUGUCAGGGAAACAGCAUCCCAUGUGGAAUUCGAACCGAAUAGUUACUAUGCGGCAUUCUCAUGCGAACUGGAGGCGAGCGCAUAUCCCAUGUGGUCAAUCAUCUCCCAUCUGCAGGACGGCACACAUGCCCAUCUCGCCAAGAAGAUCAUCAACUAUUGUGUUACGACACUGCACGAAUGGCUCGACUCGAUUUACUUUAGGGAGCCAAAACUCUCGCUGGAGGAAAUGAUGCAGGCCUCAUUUCAUUUUCCACUGCAUCGCUAUCUGGCCGCCUUUGUCUGUCAAGCGGUCACCAAAAUGGGCAUCAGCCUCAGCGAAGUGUUGCCCUCACGUCCCGACAUUUUACCCCUGCUAAUGAUACAUCCUCUACGCGUACAGAGCUUUUUCUACGAAAUACUCGCUGGCAAAUGGGUGCGCAAUGGUCUACAAAUCAAAGGUCAGGCCAUGACCUACAUCCAAGCCAACUUUUGCAACUCCAUGGCCGAUAUGGAUCUAUUCUUUCUGCAAAUCUGUGCCACAAACUUGUCGCAAUAUUUCUUUCUGCAGAAUACCAUCGAGCUGUUUGAUGUGGGACAAUGGCUGGAGACGGCGCCAUUGAAGCAGCCACAGAAACCGGAGCAAUCAUCGAUGCUGGAGGGAUUCCUCACAUUCCUUGCCACCUUGGUUACCAGUCGCACCAAUCUGGGCAACGAUGAGGCGACGCAGUGCAUCAUUGAGAUUAGUGCACUGUUGUCCACCGAAAAUAAGACGCAUUCACAGCUGCUCGAACUGAUGCCCGAAAGAUCGGGUAAUGUGCAUACCAAGAAUUUCGAGACGUUCCUCAAAAAGCUAUCCGUCUAUAAGGCGCCAUCCAGUGGCUCGGAGAAUCUAGAACAGGGCCUCUUCACGCCCAUCGAUGAGGUGUGGGAGGAGUACUAUGAUCCACUGCAUGUCCUCCUUCGUGCCGUCCAUCGGCGUGACUUUCAAUCGUCGCUGGAUCGAUUCACCAACUAUGUCAAGUCGAAGAACAAGAUGCCAGCCAGUGGGAAUCUCUGGCCACCGUUCCGACUGCCAUUGCCGGUGGGCAGCUCGUUCAGUGAUCCCUGCCGUAUAUUGAACUCUCGUCUCUUCCACUCCACCAUCUUGUCAAUCUUCUUUCGAGCCGUGCACACCCGUGAUGUGUCCGAGCAUCUGUUGGCUUUGGCUGUGUUUCUCCUGGAGAUUGCCGUGGAGACGAGCAGUGAUAUCAAUGCAGGCGCAUCAUCGUCAUCCACAGCGGGAGCAUCCCCCUCGCCCGUGGCAAUGGUCGAGUGUGAACCGCAGCAUACAUCGGGCUAUUAUUAUGGUGGGAAUCGACGGGAGCCACCAAAGCUUUUCCAUUGCUAUCCCACUGACAAUCUGAGCUGUAAUCUGCGGCAUGUGGUCAACAAGGUGUCGUUGAAGUCACGUGAUCCACAGGUGACCACAUCCAGUUAUCGCUCGAAUCCGUUCUAUUCGGAUUUGGACUUUGAUGUGGAUACGGAGGCAAUGCGUAUGAUUGGCGACACCUAUGGACUGGAUGAUCUUGACGAGACAUCGGGUGCCAUGAGUGUGGCACGGACACAACAGCAGCGUAACAACGCCAUCUCGCGGAUGCGCAUGGAGGUGGCUCUGGUGCCCGAUCUGUCGGUGGUGGCCGAAACGGGUGUUGUCCUGCUGCAGGAUAACAAUGAUGAUGGCCACGAUGCUGCCAUGGAUAUGAGUCCAACGGCCACAGAUUUCCAUCAUUUCCCAUUGCAACAGAUCACACUGCCCGAGAGUGGCAUGGAGGUGGCCAUACGACGUGAUCUUCUGCUCGCCGAGACGACAACCAACGAGGAGCGCGAGCGGGAGAGGGAACGUGAUAGAGAUCGGGAUCGAGAUAGAGAAAGGGAUCGAGAUCGGGAAAGGGAACCACGCACUGGAUCAACAAACACAAACACAAAUACAAAUCAAACCAAUGAAAUGUUCUCACCCACAACGCCCACCGGAAGUGGCAUGUUGUUGCCCUUCCAACGUGUCCGAUUGCCAGUUGCGGUGCCCAGCAGCAACAUGGACAUUGUGCCCUCGAAUGCACUUGGCGGCGUUGGCGGUGGUGUCGUUGGUGGCGUCGUCGGCGGCGUCGUUGGCGGCAUUGGAGUGGGUAAUGUGGGUCCGGGCGGUCGGAUGGGUUACGAUGCCAGCGGUGCUCGGCAACGCACUGAGGAUGAGCUGCAUAUGGAUGAAAGCAUCUUAUCGCUGCUGCUCAAGCUGCAUUCCCAGCUGAGUGGCAAUCUUGAUAGCUUUUCACUCGAUGAUGGUUCCGCUGCCGCUGCCGCCGCCGCCGCCUCCUCUGCCUCCUCCUCCGCCGCCGCAUCCUGCUCCUCCUCCUCCGCCGCCGCCUCUUCAUCCAUGGAGGUGGACUGCAAUGAAGCAAGCACCUCGUCAAGCACUGCGCUGGCCGAGCGUUCACACAGCUCCAGCUACAGCUGCAACUACAAGAACAUACAAGUGUCCAGUUCACGAAUUGGCGAUGGUCCCUUCUUUAUCGGGAAUCUGUUGCGCAAGAUUGCCACCAGGGAUGAGCAGUGUGCCCAGAGCAUUGACGAUAUACGCACACGUCUCUGGCCCAAUCAGCGAGAGAAACAGGCGGAGGCACGUGCUCGGGAAACCAAGGAGAAGGAGGAGCGACGCAAAAAGGCCCGCGAGCGUCAACAGAAAAUGAUGCAGGAUUUUGCCAAUAAACAGAAGCAAUUUAUGCAAUCCGCUGCGGCGGCGGAAAACAACAUGGAUUACGGUCUAGAGGAUGAGGAUGAGGAGGCCAUGUAUGAGGAGCAGCCGCGAGAAAAAGAAUACGUAUGCAUCAUUUGUAAUUGCACCACGGCGAGCACGGAAACGAAUCCCAUUGGACUCGUUGUGCUCGUCGAAUCCAGCGGAAUUGUGGGACACCGACGACGCAACGUGGAACGUCUGCCGUUGCCACUAAAUGACGAGGACAAGGAACGUCUGGCGGUCACCACGAACCUGGCUACCGAAUUCUCACGACGCACCGAUUUGUUGAGCUUGAAAUUUGGCGAUGAAUCCUGGUAUCUGUCCAAUAAUAUGGCCUAUGACAAUGGUGUCCAUGUGCAAUCGUGUGGUCAUCAUGUGCAUCUCAGUUGCCUGGAGGCAUACCUCAGGACCCUCUAUACAACGCAACGUCAACCUGUCCAGGAUCGUGGCGAAUUCUAUUGUCCCGUCUGCCGCCAGCUAUCGAACUCGGUGCUUCCCCUGAGUCCACAAUUGGACAGACCGACGCAUCUGGUGCGCACUGGGAAUCAACCCUUCGAACAACUUGUCGCCGAUCUCACCGAUCUGAUCAAGGAGAACGAAACGAUACCGCAACCCACAAAGCUGACAGAGGCCAUGGGACACGCCAUGGAGGUGAUGACAAACAUUGCCCAGCGAAAGGUGAAAUGUGCAUCGAUAACGUUCCGCAAACUGUUUAUCUUUGUGACAUCGAUUGCACGCACCAAUUUGGAGGCGGAGAUCAUACAACGUGGAGGUUCAUUAUGCUCCUCGAAUGCGACACGUUAUAAGCCGAAACGUGAUUGUAUUGUUCCCUUGUUGCAUGUGCUGUCGGUGCAUGUCCGCGUCCUUGUCGAGUGGCCACUGUGGAGCAGCUGGGCCUCCUUGGCCGGAAUGCCCGUCACGGAUACGGAACCAUUGCCGGCACAUUGCCGAGAGCUUAUACCUAGUCUGCUGGCGGAUCCCAUUGCAUUGUUACUCAAAUUCAUAUUGCUGGCGCCGCUGCAUCUCGAUCAAGAUUAUUUCACCUGCAUGGUUAAGGUCAUGUACAAUUUGCUGUACUAUCAGAUUGUGGUUCAGUUGUGCGUAACUCUCACCGAUCUCGAGUGUGAUUACAUUCUGGUCCACUAUGGCAGCCAGGUGAGCGAAGCAGCCGAAGCAUCCAACGCCUCUUCAUCCUCCUCAAGUGCUGGCACCACAUCCGGAGGCAGCCAUCAUCGACGCAGUAGCUCCACGAUGUUUGGCAGCAUUCAAAGCUGUGCCGAAUUGGGCAGAGCCAUGGCCCUGGUAUUGAAUCAAACGAAUCGUUUGUCGCAUCUACGACGCGAUAGCAUACCAAGCACAAGUGCCAGUGCCAGUGGCAGUGCCAAUGUCAGUGCAAAUGUCAGUGCCAGUUCAAGUUCCAGUUCCAGUUCUAGCAGCAGCAACAGUACAAACCCAACAGGAACAACAACUGCAGCAGGUGCAACCACUACGACAACUACAACUGGCGCAGGAGCAGGAGCAGGAGCUGCUGCCACAUCGGAGAUCAGUCUCAAGUCCAUGGAACUGCAAUUGCAAUCGUUGUGUCUACCAUUUUUACGGAUUGCCGCAUUGUUGCGUCAACAUUUGUAUAGACACGAGAUGCCAGAGAUUUCAGCACCCGGCUUGGAAUUUGUGCGACUCGUUUAUUAUUUGGAAUUGGUCACCGAUUCCAUGGAUUGGGAUUGCUUCAAUGCAUCCAAGGGAUUGUGCUUUAUACCCGGCACGGAGCAAACGUUGCCACAAUUCUGGUGCAAGCAGCUAAUGGACGUGCAUCCGCCCACGGACACUGUCCGUGAGUUGGUACUGAUGAAUCAGCACUCGUUGUGGCAGCAACCGCGUCUCCUCAAGUUGCCACGUGAAUACGAGCGUCUCUUUACGUACUAUCAUGAACGACCUUGCCUCAACUGUUACAAGGUGCCCAAGGAGAGUUCCAUUUGUCUGCUUUGUGGCACGAUUGUGUGCCUCAAGCAGAACUGUUGCGCUGAGAAGGAAUGCUGUGAGGCAGUGCGGCACACAUUAUCAUGCGGCGGUGGCAUUGGCAUCUUCCUGGUGGUGACCUCCACGUACAUUAUUGUCAUAAGGGGACGACGCGCGUGCCUUUGGGGCUCCCUCUAUCUGGAUGAUUUCGAUGAGGAGGAUCGUGAUCUCAAACGCGGCAAACCGCUUUAUCUGAGCCAGGAUCGCUUCAAUCUGUUGGAAUCACAGUGGCUGUCACAUAAGUUUGCACACACCAAGCACACGUGGGUGUUCCAUCGUGAUCUCUUGUGAAACAUGGAAGAUCUAUUACGCAGCAUACAGGAGCUAGUUGGCCAGAUCUAAAAGGAUAUAAAAUCGUUAUCGUCACCCAAUCACGAGACCGAAAUUUAAAUUGAGAGCGAAACUGGUUCGAUACCCAAAAAUGAAAAUGAAACAAAACAAAACAAAACAAAAAAAUGAAUGAAGACAAAAGAAAAGAAAAACCAAACUCCUCCACUGGAAGGGGAAAUCUAUUUAAAACGUUUGUGCUAUACAAAAAAAAAAAA